AAGUGGUUUUUCCUUUUGUGCGUAGCACAAAUCAACAUAAUUAAAUCGAAGUGAUGACGACUUAUCUUCUUUAGCUUUCAAAUAAAUGACACGUUAAAAGAUUUCCUUGUAAAAUUCCUAUUCCUCGAUUCUUCAGCAAAUUGUAACCUUUAAGGGUGAGUUGCCACCUAUAGCAGUCAUGAGUCGUGGAUCCAGGUAUGGACUUAUGUCACUGACCGAAAAUCGUUGUGUUCCGUUGAAGAAAAUCAACAUCCAGGUGGCGAUCCAUGGAUUUAUCGCCAACGUGACCUCUGACCUUCAGUAUGUUAACGACUCGGACGAGAACAUUGAGACAGAGUUUGUCUUCCCACUGGACUCUGACGCAGCUGUUUACAAGUUUGAAGCCGAGAUAGACGGUAGAACAAUUGUAGCAGAAGUUCAGGAGAAAUCAAAGGCAAAAGAGACGUAUCAAGAUGCCGUUGCUGCUGGCCAUACUGCCAUGUACAUGGGAGAAGAUGACAACGCUGGAGAUAUAUUUCGUCUCAAACUCGGAAAUCUCCCGUCCAGGAAAGCAGCCAAACUCACAUUUGCUUACGCAAUGGAGCUGGAUUUGUCAUCUGAUAAAACAGGAACAUUUAUGCUGCCAACAGUUCUAAAUCCAAGAUACGUUCCUGACUGUUCAUCAAAAGAUGAAUCUAACUCUGAGGAGACUGACACAACAAUGAUAACAUGUAAAACAACCGAAAGCGAUUUUGGAAUGAUAUACAGCGUAGACUUUACAAUGAAUUUAGAAGCUGUAGUUGCUGGAGGAAAAAACCUUAUGGUUUCCGAACACAAGAUGGAGUUUGAUGUGGUGGCAGAUACAAUCGAUAAUAAG